AUGAGACGAGUUUCACUAUUUAAACUUUGUACUUUGUUGUUUUUAUUGUUUACGUUGUUUUAUUUUUAUUCCUCAAGUAAUAUUACAAAUGGUAUCAAACUUAACUCUACACAACAUAAGGAUGUAAAUAAUGGUCUAAAGUUUAAUGUUGUCAAGAAUAAGACAAACACUGAUAGAAUAGUGAUAUCUUUUGUAGUUUGUGACUCGAGAUUCAAUGAGUCCUUAAAUGUUAUUAAGUCAGUUUUAAUUUUCACUAAAACACCAACAUAUUUCGUUAUAUUCUCUGAUGAUAAGUUUAAAAAUAAAUUUAAUGAAACCUUGACCAAAUGGAAGGAUAUCUUGAAGGAUCAAUUUGACUUUGAACUGCAGAAAAUUAAAUUUCCCAAAGCUCAUGAGGAAGAUUGGAUGAAUCUUUUCAGCAAAUGUGCAGCCCAGAGAUUAUUUAUACCUAACUUAAUAACUCAUAUAGAUUCCAUGAUAUAUGUGGAUACGGACACACUGUUCCUUGGUCCAGCCGAUCGGCUUUGGGAAGUGUUCUAUAAAAUGAACAGAACUCAAAUAUCAGCCAUGGCCCUCGAAGAUGAUAACCCUAAUAUAUCCUGGUAUCCUCGCUUUGCUAAACAUCCAUUUUAUGGAAAAUAUGGACUCAAUUCAGGUGUUAUGCUCAUGAACUUGACGAGAAUGAGGGAUUUUGGUUGGGUAGAUUAUGUCACCCCUAUCAUGUUGAAAUGGAAAUUGUAUAUACCUUGGGGUGAUCAGGAUAUCAUCAACAUAAUAUUCCACUACCACGAGAAUGCUGUGUGCGUGAUGACUUGUAAUUACAACUACAGGUCGGAUCAAUGUGUGUAUGGGGAUGCCUGUGAGCCGGCGUCACAGGGCGUGCUCGUGGUACACGGGAGUCGUGGUGUAUUCCAUAAUAACAAACAGCCAGCAUUUCAGGCAAUAUACAGAGCUAUCAAUGAAUACGAGAUUGGGUCAGAUCGAAUGAAAGUAUUGACGAAUAUGGAUAAAUAUUUGAAUGAGGCACCGCCAUCAAACUGUGGUAACAUGAAGGAUUCAUUAUUAAAGUUGCCCAUAGACACUCUCACCAAGAAAUAUGUGAAACCGGACAGAUAA